AUGGCCAUACACACUGUUGUUCUCGAUAUAGAAGGAACUGUAUGUCCAAUUACAUUCGUUAAAGAUACAUUAUUCCCAUACUUCAUUGCUAAACUUCCCGGUGAGCUAGAUAAGUUUGAUUAUCCAUUGAAUCAUGUUGGUUCAGAUGAUCCAAUAGUCAGCAUCUUGGACAAUUUGCCGGCAAAUAUAACUGAAUCAGCACAAUCGAUUUACAAUUAUUUAAAAAACUUGGUGGAUUAUGAUAUUAAAGAUCCAGUGUUGAAAUCAUUACAAGGAGUAAUUUGGACUCAAGGCUACGAAUCUGGUGAAUUGAAAGCUCCAGUUUAUCCUGAUUCUAUCAAAUUUAUCGAAUCAUUCCCGAAUAGAAACAACAAGAUUUAUAUUUAUUCAUCAGGUAGUAUCGGCGCACAAAAGUUGCUAUUUGGACAUGUUGCUAAUGGCUCAGAUAAGUCACUUGAUUUGAAUAACAAAUUGAGUGGAUACUUUGACAUAACUACCGCUGGUCAUAAAACCGUUUACACUUCAUACUCUAAAAUUUUAAAAGAAAUUGGCAAAGAAGAGGAUCCCCAAUCGGUAUUGUUUCUCAGUGACAAUGUCAAUGAAGUUAAGGCUGCUUCGAAAGCAGGAAUGCGCAGCUACAUCGUUAUUAGACCAGGAAACGCGCCUAUUUCAGAUGAAGAUAAACUGAAAUGCACAGCAAUCACCUCAUUAUCAGACUUGGACAUAUAG